ACAAACAUAAACAUCAUUAUCAUCAUCAUCAUAAUAAUAAUAAUAAACAAAAUCAGGAUAUAAUACCAUAUUUUACAAAACCAAUUGAAAAUGCAACAACAGUAUUAGGUCGUAAUGCAAUAUUAGAAUGUUCUGUAGAGAAUUUAGGACCAUAUAAAGUAGCAUGGCUUAAAAUGGAUUCAUCGAAUAGUGAACCAACAGUAUUGACAAUAGGCAUGGAUACAUUAUUUGGUGAACGAAAAUAUCGUGUUACACAGAAUAGUGAUCGUCAAUGGUUCCUAAAUAUAAAACAUGUACGUUUAUCAGAUCGUGGUAAUUAUAUGUGCCAGGUGAAUGCCAAAACAAUGAUUUCACAAGUUGGUCAUUUAGAUGUACAAGUGCCACCAAUAUUGAACGAAGAUCGUACUAGUUCCGAUACAACAGUUGAUGAACAUCAAAAAGCAAUACUUAAAUGUUCGGCGAAAGGAUAUCCAAAACCAAAAAUUAGCUGGAGACGUGAAAAUGGUAAACCAAUAAAUCUAGGAUUAUUUGGUGGCCAAAAAUAUUCAGUUCAAACAUUCGAUGGUAGUCAAUUGAAUCUAACACAAGUGACAAGAGAGGAUAUGGGUGCCUAUCUUUGUAUUGCUUCAAACGGUGUACCGCCCAGCAUAAGUCGACGUGUUUUACUUCAUGUCAAUUUUCGGCCAAAAAUUCGUGUUCAAAAUCAACUAAUUAGUUCUCAUGUUGGAUCUAGAAUUCAAUUAGUUUGUAUGUGUGAAGCAUAUCCACGGCCAAUAGCAAUAUGGAUCACGCCAUCAGAGAUACCAAUUAUUGCUAAUCCUUCAAUAUCACAACAACAACAAUUACAACUACAACAACAACAACAACAACAAUUGACAACAACAGCAACAGCAACAAUGGCAAUAAUAUCGACGAUUAGCAAUAAUAAUAAUCGAUCUUUAUUAUUAUCGUCGAAUCAUCAAACAAUAGAAAACAUUAAUAAUAAAUAUGAAGCCAAUGAAGAAUAUCAUGGUUAUCGUAUUACAAUGAGAUUAAUAAUCAAUUAUCUAACUGUUAAUGAUUUUGGUACAUUUAAAUGUUUAGCGAAAAAUAUUUUAGGCGAAAAAGAAGGCCUUAUACGUGUUUAUGAAAAUCAAUCACCAACACCACAACAGAAUUUGCUGAUAAAUCGAUAUAAAAAUGUUGGACACAAAUCUCUUCAAACAUCAUCAUCAUCAUUGGAUGAGCAUCAUCGACGUAAAUUGCAAUCAAAUCAUACAUUUGUCAAUGACAACAACAACAACGAUGAUGAUGAUGAUGAUAAUGAAUAUGAUGAUGAAAAUUUUUUUGGAAAUGAUAAAUCAAUUCAUUCAUUCAUCAGUGAUGCUAAAAAUGAUGAUCAAAAUAAAAUUAUCAUUCAUUGGGCAAAUCUCUUCGUGUGGUUAUUUACAAAUUUUUUCAUCAUCAAUAAUUUUAUCAUUACAGUGGUGAUUGGAAAACUAAAAAAAAAACUUGAUCCACUAAAACUGGACCAAAUACAAACACAACGACAAAAAAAAAUACAUUGA